UCCAGUGUUUCUGGAUGGAUCUUUUUGGCCAAAUGGAAUAACUUAUAGGCGUUUUGUUUACCUCAAAGGUAAAGAUAUUGAGAGUGGACCUCAUUUCGAAAAGAAAGCCUUAUCAGACUCCCCUACGGAAAGAACCAGACACAAGUAACAAUAUAUUAUAAUUGUCUACAUAGACUCUUCAGUGUAGGCAUAAGUAGUUAUUAUGGAGAGGAACUUUACGCUUAUGAGUUAUAAUUGCAAAUCGGUGAAGACGGCCGUGGGAGAUAUUCGCCAUUUAUGUCAGAAGGCUGACAUAAUAGCCCUGCAGGAAACGUGGCUUCUUCCACAUGACAUACCUUUCCUCGAUACAAUCAGCAGUGAUUUUGAGUACAGUGGGACAUCUGCGGUGGACACGUCGGCGGGAAUUCUUAAGGGAAGACCGUAUGGUGGUGUGGCGAUACUGUGGCGUAAAGGUAUUUUUAAAACGGUGUCAGUGUUACAGUGCAGAAACCCCCGUAUAACGGCAAUAAAAGGUAUGCUUUGUGAUCGUUCGGUAAUAGUUGUGAGUGUCUAUAUGCCGACCAACUCUUUAGAAAACUUGCCUGUGUUUACUGAGUGUCUAAGUGAAGUAAUUGCCAUAGUGGAGGGUAAUGAAGUAGAAUCAGUCUUUGUAUUGGGAGAUUUUAACGCACACCCAAAUGAACUAUUUUGUAAUGAGUUGGUGAGUUUUUGCUCCGAGCAAAAUUGGGUCUGUGCUGAUAUAGAAAUAUUGGGUGUUGGCUCUGAUCAUUACACUUUUGUUAGUGAUGCUCAUGGUUGCCGACGAUGGUUAGAUCAUUGUAUUGUAACUCAGUCCGCCUGGCGUACUAUAAGAGGCGUGGAGAUUGAUACGAAUGUCUAUUCCUCGGAUCAUCUACCACUAAUUAUUACUUGCAAUUUCAAUAUUAUUAGAAAUAAAACUUAUGUAACCGGUGUUCAGAGAAAUAAUGUAAUAUGGGGUGGGAGAGACAAUGCCCAAAUCAAAAGAUAUCGUGAAAUUUGUAAUAGCCGACUUAGAAAUAUAUGUUUUCCAGAUGAAUUUAGAAUUUGUGGGGACAAACGCUGUAAAAUUUUAGGUCAUAAAUAUGUAUUAGAUAAGAUGUAUAAUGAUAUCGUAGGUAUAUUGGCAGGCGCUUCUGAACAGACUUGCUCAGCUAGGACUUGCUGUCCUCGUGGGGGCCCGGGCAAAGACAAACGGGUGGCUGGGUGGAAUAAACAUGUACUAAGUGCGCACCGAGAUGCCAAAAUGAAGUAUAGAAUUUGGUUAUUGCAUAAUAAGCCUCAGUCGGGUAUUGUUUAUCAACAUAUGCUCGAAACUCGAAAACGUUUCAAAAGCAAAUUGAAUUGGUGUUUGAAAAAUCAGGAACAGAUAAAAAUGGACAGACUUGCGACAUUACACGCAGCUAAGAAUUUCCCUAAGUUCUGGACUAGUACAAAUAAACUAAACAUUAAACCUAGUCUUCCUGUGAGUGUUGGGGACCAAAGUGAGCCCAGAGCAAUAGCUAAUAUGUUCAUGGAACAUUUUAAGGUUCAGUCACCUCUUGGGUCUUCGAGUACGGUGUUUGAUGGUGGGGCUGAAGUAGACCAACUUCCAGUUAGGUUCACGGCCAAGCAGGUGGCGAUGGUCAUUAAUAAAAUGUCAAGAGGCAAAUCGCCUGGUCACGACGGACUUAGUAUCGAGCAUUUCAAACUUGCCUAGAGUUUUGAGUAUGUUCUUCUC